UCAACCAGGUAACUACUAUUCCCUAGACUUGCACCUCACGGCACACGUCAAGCCUCCAAAGGAGGUUCACAAGAAACCUCCCCAACAGAGGUCGGAGUUCAUCAACCUAGACAGAUAUCAAAAGGCUCCCCCAUUCCAGCUCCGGACAGCAAACACCUGCACAGAGCAAGCAUCCCCAGUCUAAAGAGCCAGUCAGGAAACGCCCCCACCUUGUUCCCCCGAUCUCACAAGUUUCAGACACAAUUCUCCUUGUUCGCUAAGAACAAAGAUCACGGCCUUCUAUGAGGACUACCAGCAACCGACAAGACCUCGAAAGGCUCACACAGUCACGGCGGAUCCCCGAGUGGUUAAUUGACUGACAGGCUUGGCCAUCGGCAAUAAAUCCACAUCCUUCUCUCACUGCAAACGCACUUUUAUUAACAAAAGACAUUUGACUUCAGACCAGACAAGGUGCAUGUGCAUCCAUAAGUCUGUGCUUCACAUCUUCCAAGUCAGUACAUCCUGGCAACGCAGGCACAUCAAUGACUCGGUCCAAAGGAAGCCAACCAUCGUCGGCGUACUGGAUCAAUAAUCCCAUCAAUGGUAGACAGGAACCAACUUUCCGCCUUGUGGGAAACAGGUACACUCUCAAGCAACAACUGCAACUCCAUCUGAAAGUCAUGCGACGCCAGCUCCAAACCAUAAACCUUGCAAUUCACGAGAGAUGACAAUCCAUACUCGCAACGCCAGUCUACCGAUGGAACUUUGAUCUAUCACAAUCGACCCUGUAAGCAACAGAGACAGAAAUCACAUCCUCA